AGGGCAUUCAUACGGUGACACUGCACGUGCGUCGCACAUGCCUCUCCCUGUCGGUCUUCUAAACAUCUCUCCGACUCCCGUCCCCCACUCCACACCGCUGUGCCCCCUCCCGUUUUUAGCCCUCUCUCUCCCCCCCUCCCUUCUUCCAACCGUCGAAGAACGCGACCAUCGGAGAUCUUGUUCCUUCCUUCUCGACUCUCUACCUCUCGUGCAGCGGUAGGGGCUCUAUUCUCCAGCCAUGGGUUCCGAUGCAGAUAUGGAGGACUAUGGCUUCGAGUACUCAGACGACGAACCCGAGGAGCAGGAUGUCGAUAUCGAGAACCAGUACUACAAUUCUAAAGGUUUGGUAGAAACAGAUCCAGAGGAAGCACUUGCUGGUUUUGCUGAAGUAGUUCGAAUGGAACCAGAGAAAGCAGAAUGGGGAUUCAAAGCUCUAAAGCAGACCGUCAAACUCUACUAUCGACUGGGGAGGUAUAAAGAGAUGAUGGAGGCAUACAGGGUGAUGUUGACAUACAUCAAAUCAGCAGUUACACGUAAUUACAGUGAAAAAUGCAUAAACAACAUAAUGGAUUUUGUUUCUGGCUCAGCAAGCCAAAAUUUCAGUCUUCUGCAGGAGUUCUAUCAGACUACACUGAAGGCUCUUGAAGAGGCAAAGAAUGAGAGACUAUGGUUUAAGACAAAUCUUAAACUAUGCAAAAUUUGGUUUGAUAUGGGUGAAUAUGGACGGAUGAACAAGAUAUUGAAGGAACUUCAUAAAUCUUGUCGAAAAGAGGAUGGUAGUGAUGAUCAUAAGAAGGGUACCCAGCUUCUGGAAGUCUAUGCUAUUGAGAUUCAGAUGUACACUGAAACAAAGAACAACAAAAAACUCAAGCAAUUGUACCAGAAGGCCCUUUCAAUAAAAUCAGCAAUACCGCAUCCGCGAAUCAUGGGGAUAAUCCAUGAAUGCGGUGGAAAAAUGCAUAUGGCUGAACGACAGUGGGCUGAAGCAGCCACUGAUUUUUUUGAAGCAUUCAAGAACUACGAUGAAGCUGGGAAUCAACGUCGUAUCCAAUGCCUCAAGUAUUUGGUUCUGGCCAACAUGUUGAUGGAAUCUGAAGUGAAUCCAUUUGAUGGGCAGGAGGCCAAGCCAUACAAAAAUGACCCUGAAAUCUUAGCAAUGACAAACCUCAUUGCAGCAUAUCAGCGAAAUGAGAUACUUGAGUUUGAAAAAAUCUUGAAGAGCAAUAGAAGAACUAUUAUGGAUGAUCCUUUCAUCCGCAACUACAUUGAGGAUCUCUUGAAGAACAUCAGAACUCAAGUUCUACUUAAGCUCAUUAAGCCGUAUACUAGAAUCCGUAUCCCUUUCAUUUCAAAGGAACUGAAUGUGCCAGAGAAAGAUGUUGAGCAGCUCUUGGUCUCCUUGAUUCUUGACAACCGUAUUCAGGGUCACAUCGACCAAGUCAACAGGCUAUUGGAGCGCACUGACAGGUCAAAGGGAACGAAGAAGUAUACUGCUAUAGAUAAAUGGAAUACUCAGCUCCGGUCCCUGUACCAAACCAUAAGCAACAGAGUGGGCUGAGAUCCAGAAGUUACUGUUAAGAAAGCAAUUUUUUUUUCUUUGAGAUUACUGGAUUUUAUUUUCUUGAUCAGAAACCUUCCUUGGAAUGUUUUCUGCCCUCUGUGGGUUGCCAUAUGUGGAUAGCUGGCAAGAUUUUCACCUCUAAAGGAUCUUGUUAUGUUCAUGUGCAGCUGUUUGAACGGUCAUUAUAGACACCAUUUUUCUAUUUACAUGAUGUCACUAUGAACCAUUCGUGCUGUUGAUGUGCUAAACUACUUUUCCUGGUUAGAGCAAGGUACAGCGGCAAUAUUUAG